AUGGGGAUGGAUGGCCUCUUGGAGAGGUUGGUGGCGCUGCCGAUCGCCCAGGCGGCAUUUGGCGCGGCCUUGGCGGCACUCGCUGGGCAGGGUGGCCAGAGUGGCACCAAGGCCACCGCCGCAGUGGUGGCGGCUGCAGCGCGCGGGGCCGCCCAGGGCUUGGCGGCAGGCGCAUCGGUAGCAUGCGCGGACGGCGCUGAUGACGGCUACGGCAAGAGGUGCGAGCUGGUGCAGCUCGAGGUGGUCCUCGAUGCGGUCAAGGACGCGAUGGACCUCACGGACCCCGUCUCGGUCCAGGACGCCAAGAGCAUAUUGCGCGAUCGUGGGGCGCCGAAGCUUGCUUCCCGCGUCGGGAGGCUGAGUAAGCUUCGCAAUGCCAAAGGGCAUCCUGAUGUCGGAUUGGCGAGGGAAGUGCGGUCCCACCUCGCCGGCUCUGAUGCUGGCAGCACGGGCGACGGGCUCACGGAGCAGGAGAGCCUUGCGGAGACGGGCGCCCACUCCCUCAAGACGGUGGCCGCGAAGAAAAGGGUGCUGCAGAUGGAGACGCAAGCGCCCACCUCCGCCGCGGAACAUGAGGGCAAGGACGCUGACAAGGAGCAGGAGCAGCAGAAGGCGGUGCAGUCGAUGCCGAGGGACGAGGUGGCUGGCGGCCAUGCGGCUGGCGCGGAGCCUGGCCUUGGGGACGCCAUGGCCGUGUGCGCCAGGAAGCACGACGCCGUGAACCAGGCGGCUCUGAGCGUGGAGCUGGCCAAGGACGCCUUGGCCCGUGUGGAGGCCGAGUUUGACGAUGCCGCUACCGAGCUGAACGAGGAGCUCAUGGCCUUGGACGAGGCCGAGCGGCAGGAGGUCCUCUGGAAGCUCGGCCUCCCCGUCGGAAAGUACGGCAUGGAGGUGGCGGCCGCCGACGUGGAGCUGACUGCACACUCCAAAGGAGUGCUGGUAGCCACCGCGGGCAGCACGACCCUGCUCGUGGCCCUGGGCGCGGGGCCGGGGCAGGACGAGCGCGCGGCCGCCGUGGCGGCAGUCAGGUGGUCGCUGCCCGAGUUCACGCUGCACAUGAUGGUGGGCAGGGAGGCUUCGCGCGGCCCCGUGGCCGCGGGCGCGGGCGACGCGCUCGCGCCGCUGCUCGAGGUCGCCUCGGGCAAGCGGCCCCGGGAGGAUCCGGGCGCGCAGGAGCUGUUCAGCUCGGCCAAGAGGCGCGCGACCACCGACAGGGCGCUGGCGGCGGCGCUGAAGGACCGCCGCUGCGCGCCGUCGCGGGAGCUGGUCGAGGAGGUGGCGCGGCGAGAGUGCUGGGCCUCCGCGAAGGCCCUGCUGGCACUGCCAGAGCUGGACGACCACUUGGCGGCGAGGCUGCUCCGCGCGCGCCCGGAGCUCCUCGCCCGCGUGGUCCGCCGUGCGCGGUGCCCGCGGCUGCUGGACGCCGCGCUGCAGGGCUCGCUGUCGCAGGCCGACCUGCCGGGCAUCCUCGAGACUCUGCUCGAGUGGCUGGAGGCCUACCGCAACUUCGCCGAGGCCACGGUGCGCGAGGCGGCCCCCGGCGUGCCCCCGUUGGCGCAGGUGGUGACGUUCUUGCAGGCGCUCGCGGACGGCUGCCUGGCGGCGCUGUCGCGGCUGGACCAGCACCUGCUGGAGAGCGCGUGGCGGAGGCGCUGCGGCAGGUGCAGAGCGACGCCCGCAAGAGCGAGCAGAUCCGCUCCAUCGCGCAGGCCGCCCAGAGCGCGCCGUCAGCGAGGCGCCGGAGCGGCGCGAAGGUGGAGCUGA